AAUGACAUCAACGUUUAUAGGGUUUAGGGUCUGAAGAGGGGAAGACGAUUCGCGCAUCACGCUUUUCAAUGGAUUUUCCUUUUCAAAAAAUGAGAAAAUAUUAUCUAGGCAGCCCGAAGAACACAGUUGCGCACAUUACAUAUUAGAUCUCAUUAUCCUUCGAUAGACUUUUUUUGCGAACGUUCUCGCUCGCUGUCCUCGCGCGUGCGUUAACUAGAUCAAUGAAAUUUCCAGAAGUGUCAGCCCUAAGAUAUCUCAAGGAACGUGAAUGAUAAUCGCGAUUGCACUAUCAAUCAGACUCGUUCGCGAUCGCUUGUCCUCGCUCGUUAACUCGAUUGAUAGGCUCGGCGCUUCCCUCUUUUUUUUCGCGCUAUUCUUUGUCGCGGCACGGCGCGGCGGCAGAUCGACGUGGCCGACAGGUUUGCCGACCGGAUCUCCAACGGUACCGUACAGCCCAUACCCCGGGAAAACCGAGCGCCGUGCUCCGGCUAGAUCCGCGCCACCACGCCGUCGAAUUCCCAGUUUGUCGCGCUUAACCGGUGCGCGUGGUCCAACCUGUCGCGCCGUUCUCUUCCCGCGGAGAAGCGAUCGUAGUGCGGUGGCAAUCCAGGAUCGAGCGGAUCGAGUAACCUUGGAGACCUCCCAAUUUCUAAGCACUGCCUUGAGCACCGUUGUUUCCACGAUCCGUUACGUCAUUGAAAUGGCAUAAAAGAGUCGAGACAUUUGUGAAAUAGCAAUGACAAUGCGGUGUCGGGCGACGUCGAUCGUCGUCGCAGUCGCCCUUCUGAUCGUCCUGCUGGACGGUGCGAUCGGCAAGCUGCGGGUCGCCUACCGAUGGAAGCAGAUUGAUUACGAGUGGCCAAGCAACGACAUUAAGAGGCUUUUCCCAGAUUACAAGCAGGAGGACAAUCUGCCCUUGGGUUUGGAGGUGGCUGGCGAUCGGCUCUUUAUCACGGUGCCGAGAUGGAGACAGGGGGUUGCCGCCAGUCUCAAUUACAUUAGGCUCAACGACACACGCGAAUCGCCACCCCUGAUUCCGUACCCCUCCUGGGAGGCUCAUCAGUAUGGCGCCGCCGGCGUGCCGGAGAUCGUCUCGACGUUCCGUGUGCGCGCCGACCGUUGCAAUCGGCUAUGGGUCCUGGACACGGGACUCACGGACAUCCUGGGCAGCCCCGAUCAGCAGACGCCGCCAGCGUUGCUCGUGUACGACCUGACCAACGAUCGCUUGCUGCGCAAGUAUGUGAUACCGCCCGAUCAGAAGAUCGCCGAUUCCUUGUUCGCCAACAUCGCCGUCGAAGACUACUCGUGCGGGGAUUCGUACGGCUACCUGGGCGAUCUGGGUGGCCCGGGUCUCGUCGUCUACUCUUGGCAACUCCACAAGUCUUGGCUCGUCAAGCACCACUCUUUCCACCCGGAUCCGAUGGGUGGAGAAUUCAAGGUGUCCGGAAUAUCGUUCCAAUGGAAUGACGGCCUGUUCGGGAUGGCUCUCGCGCCGACUGGUGAUGGCUACAGCACCUUGUACUACCAUCCACUCUCCAGCGGCAUGGAAUUUUCCGUCAGUACGAGGUUGUUGCGUGACCCUCUGCGCGCCAGUUCCGCAGAAACAUCCCACGAGUUCCAAACGCUGGGAUCGCGCGGGCCCAACGGCCAGAGCAGCGUCAGCUUCCUGGAUCCGAAGACCGGAAUUCUCUUUUACGCGCUUACGAAUCUGAACGCCAUCGCCUGUUGGAGGCCGCAGAAUAAAUUCACUAUGCAACAACAGGGCUAUGUCUAUCAGGAUAACGUCACCAUGAUCUUCCCCAAUGAUCUUAAGGUUGAUCGGAACGGCAACCUGUGGGUCCUCUCCGACAGACUGCCCAUCUUCAUGUAUUCGCAAUUGGACCUACAUGAUUAUAACUUCAGGAUACUCAUGGGCUCGACCGAGGAACUCAUCAUGGGCACGGUUUGCGGGUCGACGUCAUUUUCAACUUAUUCCACGACGACGAGGAUGUACGAUCCCUAUGAUCAUAGAGACCACGAUCACCACGAUCACAUGAAUCACAUUGAUCACAAAGAUCACACGAUGCCCAGAAUCUACGGAAACUCUGCCGGUUCUGUAAAGACAGAAAUCGCGACGAUGAUGUUAUUGACGUGUCUGAGCAAAGCUCUCGUUUGAGGGGCGACUAUUGGAAAAAUCGGGGAGAAUAAAACUAGUAGAAUUAAAGAUAAAAAUAAGAUUAAAAGCAAAUGUAGAUAGAAAUAGAAAAGAAGGGAGCGAGGAUGAGGGAGAAGAAGAAAGUUAUGGAAUAUUCAUUAAGUCGACGUUGUUUCCUUUAUAAAAUAAUUUAGAAUAAUCUUGAAGCGAAGUAACCGAAUUAAUCGAGCAAAAUUCUUUAUACGUAGAAUUAUCGCUUGUUAUAAAAUUAUGAAAAAAUGAUAAAUAUUUAUUUAAUAUCGCGGUUACAAAAUUAAAUCUAUUAACUUAUUGUCGGAGACUUAUUUAUUAUCCCAUCUAAUUGCUUUAUACGAGCCUUGUAAAAGUCCGAGAGUUAUAGCGUAUGUUAUUAAUCAUUUUAAUUAUAAUUACAAUUUUUUUUUACUUUAUUAUUAUAAAUAUAAUAUGUGUAUUCUGAACAAUUUUGCAUUGCAGUAAAAUGAAAAAUACGAUUAAGAAUUGGUACAAAUUAUUUCGAUCGCGUACUAAUGAUUAACGAUAAUAGUUAAUGGCCUCCAUGUGCACAGUACAAGCGCUUUCUCAUUAGAUGUUCGUCUCCUCGUUUGCUUAUCUCUCGAGCAAACACACACAUUUCUCUCCUCCGUCGAGUACAUACGUUACUGUUAUCUACUCAUGCUAAUUAAAACUGCCAUUACAUUUACGUGUCAGAUGUAACAUAAUAUAUACCAUGAGAAAAGAAGAAGAAUCUCCAAUAAAGCAUUUUUCUUUA